AUGGGAGAGUCAUAUAUUUCGUGUCUACUGCUCUGCUUUCUUUUUAAUCAAGUCACAGGACAGACGAAUUAUCUGAGCUUCUGGAUCCCUGAAGAAAUAACUUACGGUGAAACUGUUUAUAUAACAUGUAAACCCAAUGACGCUGGUAAGACAUACUUUAGUGUUGUGUCCAGUGUACAAAUAUACAGACAGCGAGAAAACGAGGAAAUGAAGUUAAUAGUCAAAGCCUCUUAUGCUUCCACGACAACUUCAACAAAUGUGGAAUGGUUCGACAGAUCUUUGGAACAAAAGGGGAAGGUGACGUCAACCCUGGGGCCUCCCGAGACUUCCAUGUUCCGGUUACGUCUGGAUGAUGUGGAUUGUACGGACCAGGGCCUGUAUAAAUGUGUCGUUCGUGACGAAGCUACGACAGGAAAUGAGGCGGUCAAAAUGAGAACAUCCAUUGUAAACAGUAAGAGUCCUGGCGUCUAUCCUAUAAGUACUACGUAUGUAAGUGGUGCUCAGAACAUGGACAUCAGUCAGCUAGCAGUACUAGCCGCCAUCAGGGACCUCCAGUAUACAACACAGACGGCUUACCCUUUAGGGAGUGUUGGUCUUUUCAAAUGUGUGGCCGCUCUGGGGUUCCCCGCCCCAAAACUACGCUGGUGCAUCAAGCGACCCACCUCUUCUAAUUUCCAGACUUUUGAUUUUGUUUCAGUUCAGCGGAAAUUCCCAGCAAACACCUCUAUUUCGGCACAAGCUUGUCUUUAUUCCAGCUCAGAUAUUCUACUUUUUCCAAUAAGAGAUAGCGAUAAUGGAACAAUUUUGUCGUGUUCUGUUUCCGAUGAGGAAUGUGGGACAGUCCCGCCCAGUCCACCAAUCUCUAAUCCGGAUAAACUCGUGGCGUCACUUGCUAUGUCAGAGUCUCAAUCGAAAAAUGAGAGAGAAAUUGUUUUAUACAUAGGAGAAGACGAAACUCAUGUUGGAGUCAAUGCUGAAGAAAAUCGGGCCAUCCAGAUAGAAAAGUCCUCAGAUGACAGUACCAUGGUUGUCCUAGGAAUCGCCAUGACUGUCAUGUUUGUGGGAAUAGUCUUACUAACGAUGGCUGUUGUUACAUAUUUUAAGGCCAAAAAGACCAACGAAGUUGGAAAAAUCAAGGCCAGUGCGGGCAAUCAGUAUACAGAUCUAGAGAUGAGAAGGAGAGUUGAGAGUGUACAUUCUGAGGUAUAUACAGCCAUAGAGAACCUGCCUCCAGAUUUGCCUACCACAGGAAAACCAUACGAAGUGGAUGAUAUGUACAUGUUACCAGUUAACUAA